AUGUCUUUAUCUACUUCCAUUCUCUUUCUGUGUUUCUUUCUUUUUCUCAUUCUUCCUUACUUUUUCUUUCUUUCUUUCUUUCUUUCUUUCUUUCUUUCUUUCUUUCUUUCUUUCUUAUCGUCUUCUGUUAUCCUCAUCUUCAUUGACAUUUCUUUCUUUCUUUCUUUCUUUCUUUCUUUCUUUCUUUCUUUCUUUCUUUCUAUCUCUCUCUUUCCAUCUUUCUUUCUUUCUUUCUUUCUUUCUCGGUUUAGCUCUUUCUUUCUUUCUUUCUUUCUCGGUUUAGCUCUUUCUUUCUUUCUUUCUUUCUUUCUUUCUUUUUCUUUCUUUAGCUCUUUCCUUCUUUCUUUCUUUCUUUCUUUCUUUCUCUGUUUAGCUCUUUCCUUUCUUUUUUUCUUUUCUUUUUUUUUGCGCUUUCUUUUCUUUUCUUUCUUUCUUUUCUUUCUUUCUUUUCUUUCUUUGAUUAGUACAUUCCUUAUUUCUUUCUUUCUUUCUUUUCUUUGUUUAGCUUUCCCUUCUUUUUCUUUCUCUCUCUUUCUUUCUUUCUUUCUUUCUCGGUUUAGCUCUUUCUUUCUUUCUUUCUUUCUUUCUUUCUCGCUCUUUCCUUCUUUCUUUUCUUUCUUUCUUUUUUCUCUGUUUAGCUCUUUCCUUUCUUUUCUUUCUUCCUUUCUCUUUUUUUUUUCUUUUCUUUCUUUUCUUUCUUUCUUUCUUUUGAUUAGUACAUUCUUUUUUUUUUCUUUUCUUUCUUUCUUUCUCUUUCCUCCUUUCUUAUUUUAUUUCUUUCUUUCUCUGUUUAGCUCUUCCCAUCUUUCUUUCUUUCUUUCUUUCUUUCUUUCUCGCUCUUUCUUUCUUUCUUUCUUUCUUUCUUUAGCUCUUUCCUUCUUUCUUUCUUUCUUUCUUUCUUUCUUUCUCUGUUUAGCUCUUUCCUUUCUUUCUUUCUUCCUUUCUCUUUUUUGCUCUUUCUUUCUUUCUUUCUUUCUUUCUUUGAUUAGUACAUUCCUUAUUUCUUUCUUUCUUUCUUUCUUUCUCUUUCCUCCUUUCUUAUUUUAUUUCUUUCUUUCUCUGUUUAGCUUUUCCAUCUUUCUUUCUUUCUUUCUUUCUUUCUUUCUUUCUUUCUUUCUCGCUCUUUCCUUCUUUCUUUCUUUCUUUCUUUCUUUCUUUCUCUGUUUAGCUCUUUCCUUUCUUUCUUUCUUCCUUUCUUUUUUUGCUUUUCUUUCUUUCUUUCUUUCUUUUCUUUCUUUCUUUGAUUACUCUUUCCAUCUUUCUUUCUUUCUUUCUUUCUUUCUUUCUCGGUUUAGCUCUUUUUUUCUUUCUUUCUUUCUUUCUUUAGCUCUUUCCUUCUUUCUUUCUUUCUUUCUUUCUUUCUUUCUUUCUCUCUUUUUUCUUCCCGUCUUUCUUUCUUUUUUCUUCCUAUCUUUCUUUCUCUCUUCCUUCUUCCAUUCUUUCUUUGUCAUCCUGUCUUUCUUUUUCUUCAUUUUUCUUUUCCUCUUCCUUUCUGUCUUAUUUCUUUCUACCUUUCUUUCUCUCUUCUUUAUCCUUUCUUUCUUUUUCUUCUUGUCUUUCUUUUUCCUCCUGUCUUUAUUUUUCUUUCUUUCUUUCUUUCUUUUUUCUUUCUUUCUUAUUUUUUGCCACUUAUGA